CGCAUCGUCAUUCUUUGUUCGGGGAAUUUUAAUCACUCAAUCAAUAAGUUCCCCGUUUCAUGUCAUAUCCAGCGACAAAUUUUGGGAAAAUCGCCCUUUGAAGCCGACCACCGAGCCUUGAAUUACUGCGUCACAUUACUAUACGCCUAAGUACAUAUCAAUCGCGCUGAGCUUCAUCGCGCUCGCCUUUUAGCCCUCUGAAACAAACAAAAUAAACACGAGCGCAGCGCUCAUCAUGGCGCCCUCCGCGACUACGAAUAAAUCUCGCGAAAAUAAUUUCUUCGAUAUUGGAGUUCAGGGAAGGAAAACAGGGAUCACCCUCAAAGAGGGUGUACGAGAUGAGAAUGGUCUGGAACUGAUUGACGGCAUCUUCUCGUCGCCGGAGCGGUCGACGCCGAAGCAUCGACAUGGCCAGAACAAUACCACAAUUUCGGACGAAGCAGAUAUGGAUCUCGGACAAAGCACAAUCCCAGAACCAACAGAAGUGCUUUCUCAGCGCAGCAACGCGCGCAAUUCAUCUAAUUCCAUUCUCCCCCCGCCGCGAGCCCGUUCGCCCAUAAAGACUUCGUUGAAUUCACCCGCUAGACGACAUUCUUCUAUUGGGCCUAUCUCUUCGCCUCAACGGUUCAGUCACGGUACUCCACGCGAUAAUUUUACAGCAGAGCCUGUCAACAGACGGCUCGACUUUUCGACAAUGUCGCGCGCCAGCGCUGAUAGCGCCCCCUCGUCGGCAUCUAAGCCUCCUUCAAGACCAGCUCCGGGGAGAGGCAGGAAACUCCUUUCAAACAUUCCUGCAUUUCAGGCUUCAUCCGCUCUGAAGCGCAGCACCAUUGCUUUUGCGGAAGAUGAAGAAGACGAAGGAGACGAGGACGAAGAGCAAGAAAAUGAAGAAAGUGUGGCUGAUGAUGGCGAAGAGGAAGCACGGUUAGUGAUGCAUGUUCAACCCCAGGAUAGUGCACAAGAAGAUGAAUCCGGCUACAUCCAUGGACAGAAAGACGAGAGCACGCUUCUAAAUGGUAACGAUACGACUAAUGAUAAUGGCCAAGAAGAAGAUGAUGAUGAGGAAGGAGCAGAGCCUGAGCCGAGUGUCGAAAGAGAUGGAUCAGAAGAAGUCGAUGAGGAGCCGGACCCACCGCCCAAAAAGUCUGGUCGCGGCAGGCCGUCGAAGAAGCAGAAAGCAAACCCUCAGCCUGUCUCUCAACCCUCACAAGUUUCGCAAUCUUCACAAGCCUCUGCGCAAAAAGCUCACAAGAAGAGAGGGCGUCCUGCCAAGGCCAAGGCCAAUCUUCCAAGAGAGCCAACUCCGGAGGAGCCAGUCGCGGAGGAACAGGCUCAGGAGGAGCCUACGGAUCAACCUGAGGAACAGGCCGCCGAAAGCCAAGAGGCUCGACCCUCCAAGCGGGGACGGAAACCAAAGCAAGCUCCGGUUCAGAAAUCAUCACAACAAUCACCAAAGGAGUCGUCGAAUCCUACAAAGUCCAAAGGACGCAAACCUCCGCCUUCACAGCGGGACCCGAACGCACGCAUAUCCUCCGCUAAGAAACCUGGCGCGUCAAAGUCAGAAGUAUUACACGUGGAAGCUAGAAACCGUGCUCCAUCAGCUCAACCAGCACCAAGGCAGAUUGCCCGCCAUGAAUCGCCGUCUCACGGCGACGCUGUGACGACUACACGGUCUGGAAGAACGUGCAUUAAGCCUUUGGCUUUUUGGCGUAAUGAGAGAGUCGUGUACGGACAAGGCGAACAGAAUCCUGGAGAGAGGCAUUACCUUCCUGCAAUUACGGAGAUUAUCCGCACGGAAGAAGUUGCGCAGCCUACGAACCGCCGGGGUAAGCCACGAACGAAGGGUCCGGCCAAAGCGGGCAGGAAGAGAAAGGCUCGAGAGGUUGAAGAAGAGGAGGAGACCGAAGACGAAGGAGAUGAACGCGAAGACUGGGAAAUGGGAGAGGGUAUAAUUAGUGGAGGCAUUAAACGAUGGGAUUCCGCUACUGGAGCCACUCUUGAUGAAGAUGAAGACGAAGAAGUCACGGAAUUGGCGUACGCCCAUUCAGCGAUAGAAACCCGCGAAGUCGCCAACACGACGUUUCGCUACGCAAAGACUCUUACCCUUCCAUUCUUUGGCUCUGGAAUGGUCGAUCUACCACCAGCCGGUGUCAAGAAGAUGAAGAAUUCACGAAAGAUGCAAAUGGUGUUUUUUGUCUUUCACGGUCACGUGCAGGUCAAAGUGGCCAAUAAUGUCUUUGGUAUUAGCAAAGGAGGCAUGUGGCAGGUUCCUAGAGGAAACUUUUACAGCAUUGCCAACCUAACGACCCGUCCCGCACGCAUCUUUUUCGCACAAGGCUGUGAAGUCCCGCUUGGCCAUACCCAGGACCUGAUAGACCAACACUCGCAACAGUCGCACAUGAUCCCUGUUCUGUCUGCGGGCGAAGCGAGCAUGAUGGAAGGAGAGUCCAGACUCGGUUGAUUGGUCUUGUAUCUUUUGGUCAAUUUCGUCUGUCUGUCGGUCCUUUGUCAGUCCUUUGAUAGAUGAAAGCGUAGGAUCUUUGGGUCAAUCCGGCAAAAUCGACCGGUUAGUUUAAACUUUAGCCGUUCUGUUUUAACAAGUUUAAUUGAUUUGGCGAGUGAAUCGAUUUUGUCAAUUAGCGUUUGCUCGUGGUCUGGUUAGUUGUUAGUUGUUGGUAGUU